CUCUUGUAGAGUUCUAGCUUAUCACCAUGGCCGAGGAGCCGCCGCCUCAGCGCGACUGGACGCACCUGCCCGGCUUGCUUCUCGACGGCAUCAUGCGCCGGUCAGCCAAACUACCGGACUUCAUCCGCUUCCAAGCCGUUUGCAAGCCGUGGAGACAAGCCCUCCUCCUCAGCCAGCCGGCCGAACUACAAAACCCGCACAAGUUCCGCCAGUCCCUGCCGUGGCUGAUCUUGCCGUGCGAUAAACCUGACACGGCCGACUGCCGCGGCCACGACUGCCACCACUUCGUCGACGUGGCGGCGGAAGGCAACAACAAGUGCCGCCGCCUACACGUCGAUUUAGCCAGAGGCCAGUAUACGUACCCGCAGUGUCUCGGCUCGGCUUUCGGGUGGCUGCUCAUUCAAGAACUGUGGUGGCCGCACCCGCUUGUUCUCUACCUGUUGAACCCCUUGACUCGAGCCAAGAUCCGCCUCAUCAACAAAAUCCGCCAUGGUGGCGGCGACUUCAGGUAGCCAAUGCAGUCAAAAAUCGUGAUCCUAUAAUAGCAUCCAAAUUGAUAUUUUAUUUUCAAUUGCAAUUUCAAGAUGAUAUGAUAUGAUAUGGGUGUUUGCAAUUGCAAAACAAUUGCAUUGAUGUGGCUACCAAUUACAUAUUUGCAAGCUUGCAACAGAUGCAAUUGCAUAUGCAAGUCAAAAACACCAAAAAAAAUAGAAGAUUUUUAUUUUAUUUUAUAUUAUAUUAUUUUCUCUUUUACUCUAUUUUCUAUAAUUUAAACAUAAUAUGUAAUUCCAUAUGCAAUUUCAAGUGGAUUGCAUCGACGUAGGUGAAAUGACAUUCCUAUGAGUUGGAUUGCAAAAAUAUUGAGGCGAAAAAAAGUAGAUUUUAACCUUUAAAAGUAGAUUUUAUCUAAAAUUGUAACGGAAAAGUGCGAUGUCUAAUGCAGUCAAAAUUGUGAUUCUACCAAGAAACGUUUAGAUACAAU